AGGCGGUCGGGAGUGCAACGCGUGCUGGUUCUCGCGUGUAUUGCGCAGGACGUCGGCGCCUCGGCGCCGCGGCCACCCCCGAAGCGAUUCGGUCGUUGUUUGCUGGCUCCACAUCGUGAACGUUCGUUCGGCCGCCGUGUACACAGUAUCGUGGACGGUGCGUCGCUCGGUCUCGCUGUCGGCAUAGCCGUUCCAUGAACGCUACAAGCGGACCAACCCUCGCGGACGGAACAAAUAGAUGCGUACGUUGCGUCAUACGGGCUACCACUACCGACCUCUUUACUGAGGGACGUUGAUCGUCAACCUGCACCUGAAGAUCCACCGCGUUGUUUAGUCGUUCCUCGGGGGCAGAGGAGUAAUCAAGGAUUCGAUCCUCUUUCGUCACGUGAAUUUACUGGCUGAGUAGUGAGAAAGAGGUGAGAGGGAGAAACGGUGACAAAGAGAGGAAGAGAGGAAGGGGUGGUGGUUGCCGCAGAACAGGUCGAUCGUCUCUCAUGAACCUUCCGCUUUCUAUCCCCCACCAAAUCUGAACCAAGCGCUAAAGGAGGUCGAAGAGGACACGGGUUUAGAGGUGUGGGACUUUAUUCGGUGGUCGCUGCGUGAACGGUGCUGAGGAACGUGCUGGGAAUAUGCGCGUGAUAUCGAUCACGCGGCCUGAUCGUUCGGAUAUGUGAUACCGGAAGCAGGUCGGGCAGGCUUGACCUGCGUGCAGGUGUACGACGGUGCGUAGUCACGUAUGCGUAUUGAGGGGCGCCGCUGAGGGAGAGCAAGAAAGGUGCGCGAGAAGUGCCGCGUGUCAGGGCCAGCCGUGAAGAUGCACGCCACCGACGCCGUCCUCGCGGCGACGUGCCUCGCGUCGCCCUCCACCUACGCCCCGAAGAGGACCAACUCCGGGAUGAGAUUCAUCUGCGCGGUGUUCGUCUCAUGGUUGAUCAUCAACGAUCAACUCGCGUUGGGACAGACCGACCUGCCGGAAUCGACUACGAUCGAGGAUUUAAGCGGAAGAGGAACGAAGAAGUUCGGUGAUCAAUGCGUGGAGGAUCGUGAAUGCGGAUUCGCUGGAUCGUACUGUGAGCCAAAGAAAAGCAAAUGCGCUUGCAGGGAGGAAUUCGAGGCUACGAAUCACAUCGACAAGUGUGGAAACCCGGUGAACGUGAACGAGUCAUGCUUUUUUAACGAGCAAUGCGAGGCGAGGGUGAGCCAGACCGAAUGCAGAGACGGACGGUGCAUUUGCAUCUUCGAGAAGAUCCCGGUGACGCAGCCGGACGGCGUGACAGUAUGCGUCGCCGAGCAGAAAGAAGAACCCAAUCUCCAGUACGUCGAUGCGACAAUGAUUGGUGUUCUCGUUGGAAUGGCCCUCAUGUUCAUCAUCAUUUGCGUUGUUCUUAGGCUUUUCAGCAAGGCUCGCUGGCGCGAGAAUCGCACGAUCUUCAACACGCCGAAUGCCCGUCUGAUGAACGUCUCAUUGCUGAGGGAGAAUAAACUCUUGCACCCGCAAGAGAGACGGGGUUCAAGGGCAAGCGUACGGGUUCCCUCGAGGCAACCCUCGAUGGCCUCCUUACGCGCCCACUCGCCGAACGCCUCGCAAGGUGCGAAACACUCUCAGCACUCACAGCACAGAGUGAGCCGGUCACGAACAGGAUCACGUCGCGGGAGUCGUGGCAGCAGCGGUAACGCGUCGGCUGUCUCGACGAAAUCAAACAAGUCACCGCCCAACCAGCCAAGUAACAUGACGGAAACUGUUUUGGAUAACGUCACCGUGGAGAUUCUCGAGGCAAAGGCGUAGAUCUGCGAGAAACAGAAAAAGAAACUAGUUCCCGACCCUUCGUCUAAAGAAGCAAACCAUUUAGGAAAUCCUCUAUCCAACGUAUAAACGUUCGAUUCUUGUCGUUUCUAUUCCUUUUGUUCUUAUCCCUUUUGCUUUUGUCCUAACUAGGUUCCUAGUUUGUCCCACUUUCAGCUCUAAACCUCUUCUAAAUCUAACCGUGGCAAAGCCAUCGCGAGUUACUAUAGCGAUCCAAUAAAGCUUCGUUAUAUCUACCUUCCAAAAAACGAUUGAAAAUCAACGAGGGCGAUAAUUAAUUUUAGAUAAUCGAAGGAAAGAAUUUUACAAUUGAGAUAAUCAUUGUUUACCGAGAUAAUCAUUCGUUAAUCCCAUGUGUCCGAGGGACGUUCGAUUUGCUGAUAAAAACAAACUGUUACGGUCGCGCCGGAAAAUUGUAACGUCUUUCCUUUCCCGUCGAAAGUAUUUGAACGCACGGAAAAAUCCACGAUGGCGUGCCCAAGUGUAAAUCGUAAUUUUGAUAAAACACUGCUGAAACAUAAUGAUAUUAACGAAAUGAAAAUUAGAGGAACGUAAUAUAAUUUCGCGAUGAAAUCCGACUACUUCGCACAAAGAAAAAAAUGCGGCUAAUCGCGUCGAACGCCUUAGAAUUACACAGAAAAUGAAAUCUUGAACUUAACUCCUGUAGAUCGUUACAGAUUCUGCUGUCUUCUAAGAAAGGAGAAAAAAAAUAUAAGAAAACCGUAACAUUUUCUACGACAAAAAAAAGCUUAGGUAUAUAUACAUACAUAUAUACAUAUAUAAAAUCAUCUAUCACUGUGGAGAAAACUUCUUUAUCUUCGGUCUAUUUGUUUGCUACUACGAUCGGGAUUCUGUCACGAUAUUCACGAGUGAAGCGUGGCGGGAACGCGAAGCUCGUCCCGCCAUUGUUCGCCUGCCGGCGAAGAUUUUACAUCGUUCGUAAUGUUAUUUUGGACCAAACGAUAGCGUACGUUUUGCCAUGAUGGUCAUGCAAGAAAUACCAUACAUCGCUUCAAGCUAAUCACUCUCUAGGUAAUAAAUAAUUCGUAUUUUGUAACCGACGCUGCAACGAUACGUGACAAGAUCGUUCGAUCGUUCUAUGUCCAGCGAUCGACGGUCAAAGUGGCGGUGAUUAUUCAACGGUCGCAGGUUCCGUAUCGACCGAAUAAUUUGAGCAGAUCAAUCGCGAUGAUGUCCGUUGGAAUCAUCGCAGUGUACCUUUUACCUCUAACAGUCCACGUACUCUAACUACUUACUUCUAAAUCGUUUAAAUAACUUCUCGAGGUGAUCGACUUUACUCGAAAGUUCGAGUUGGCUAAAGCUGAAGGGAUUCCAGGCUCCUAGAGGCGACUUAUCGUAUAAGGGUUUUUGAGCCGUCAGCUGGUCUGAUAGCGUUGUCUACGCGUGGAAUCGUCCAGACGAAAUACGGAACUCGUCGAGACACAAAGAAGAAAAUUCAGGGGAAAAGAAAAGAAUUUUCGCGGGCAAAAGAGAACGGUUGAAAGGCUGCGUUCAGGAAAGAGCUGACGUUCCGAUCGUUCUUAUUGCGCUGCGCAUUUUGAGAAGCCAACACGACAGGGACCAGACGAAUGCGUUUGAAUCGACAUCCUGAGAGUAACGUAGCGACCAACUUACGCACCGUGCGUGUUUUACUUAAGCACCGUCGUAGCUUUAUCCAUUUCACGAUGACACAUAUUGAAAUCAACGAGAUAGCUUCACUAUCGUUAGACUAUAUUACCCAAGAUCGAUUUUUCAUUAUUAACGCUUCGCAAAUAACCUUCUAAUUAAACGGAAUAUUAUAGACCUCGUAGAUUUUUGCUUAGUAUUGAUGAUCACUUGAAUCCUCUGAUUAGAUUGUAAAACGACGGCAGGAUUGUUUGUAAGUCGAAAACAAGUUCGAGUAGAAUGGAAGAUUCGAAUCUCUUUGACCGUGGCACGGACGAGCUGUCAAGCUGGUGUAAGCGAAAUUGAUUGUGGUUAACGGUUGAGUUAAUUGCGAGACGACGGGACGAGACUUUUCUCGGAUGACCUCACCGUAGAUAAACCAAAAGUAUUAGGACACCGUUUCUACACCUAUCUUUAUUAAUCGCACAAGAUCACGUCCUCAGAAGCUUCAAUCGAGCUGUACACAUUUACAUGGAAGAUCAUCGCGCACGUGUUACACAUCGAAAUCAUUUCCUUCGAAUCUCACAGGAAUAAUAUACAUAAAUGAAGAUCAUUGAUAGUCCGGUACGAUUGUAUCUCAGCAAUUUAGUGCCUGCACUCUCGCGUAUAUAGCGUUUAUGCAACAAAGAAAGAAAAACAGAAAUGAGAUUAAGAAAUAUACAUAAAUACAUAUAUACAUACAUAUAUAUAUAUAUAUGGAUAUAUAUUCAAUGUAUAAAUAUAUACACAUAAAUAUAUAUGUAUGUACAUAGAGAUAGGUAUUAUAAAUAUCAGUACAAGAAAAAAAAAGUAUACAUAUGUAUACACAUGAUAUACAUGAUACUAGGUUUGACACUAUUUGCACUAUUUAUAGAUUACUUUUUUGAAAUGCCUAGUGACUGUAUCCACUCUGUGAUCUAUGUGCAACGUACAGCUAAAACAGCAUUCUUCUUGCUACCGUCGUUGUUACUAUUCUUAAUAUUUAGGGUAAAUUAGCGUUGAAGAUCGUGUAAGCGACUCGCUUAGUUGUUAUCGUCCGCUGCACCUAAUACAAGUCGCUCUCACUUCGCACCAGGCCGAUCUUGUAUAGCACGUACUGCGUAUAUAACUAGGCGAAUCUAGAAGAAACGUCUUUUCAGCGAUUAAGCUAAACCUAUCAUCUUAAGGCAGUCAACUAUCGUUCUAACGAUCGCGUGGAAAUGUCAACUGAGCUUGACGACGUAUCUUAUAGCAGAUUGAGGGAAGAGUAAAAUAUAAAAAAGAAGUGGAAAAGAAAAAAAGAAUGACGAUAAAGAAGAAACGGAUACAAGCGCGUACAAAAGUUGAAUAAACUGAUUUGUUUGACGAGGGAUCGGUCUGAUCCGCGAACGAAAUUCGGGGAAGGUUUCCGUUUUCGGAUAGAACGUUUCCUCUGCUAAUUAUUCUUUGUCUCGACGAAACGUCGGAACCAUCGUCGACUAUCAUUCAGCCGUGGAAAAUAAUCGUCCGCUUUACGACUCUAGAGUAACGUUAAUUGGUAGAGUACUUAUUGAUUAAGAAGCUUCGAGUCGUUAGUUUCCCUCCACCCUUAUGAUAGGAAACGCAAAUGAAAUUACCAAUGAAAUAUAAGCAGGGUGCCUCGUCUUUAUCACUUGAAUACACUCGCUCACUUUUUGUACGUCUCUAUUCUACUGCAUAGAAUCCGAUCCUCGCGUUCCGAUGCUAGAAAUAGUAUAGGAUUUAUCGAAAGAACUACGACUAUUGUAUCUCGGUUUCAUUUUUCAGUAGAUUCUCUCCUUCCUUCGUGCUCACCCAUGGGAUUCUAGAGUACAUCAAAUUUAGAAUGACUUCCCGGUUCUUUUCUAAUUCAAUAGUCUCGGAUGUAGAAAACACACGAUCUCGAGAAACGCGAGCCGGAAAACUCUUCGGUAUCUUUGAUACGACAAACCUAUAAUUGUCACCGACAAGUCGGAAUCCUUUAAGAAGUCCCUCGCAAACGUUAAUCGAAGAAUCGUCGAACAUCGAGAAAGCUGCUCUUGAAAAGAGCGCGGACCGAAUGACACGGUAAUCCAAGUAUGGGGAAGUGUUUGGAUUACCUUCUUCGCUCCUGCAAGAGACAGAUACCUAGAUACUUUCGCGGGAAUUCUCCUUGAUGAGAUCAAAGAAAUAUAUAAACGAACACAUGUGUAUCGUACUAAAGCAAAACCGUUGCCACUUUUGAUAUCUUUGUGGGAUCUACGUUGCGUUCAGCGGAGAACGAUCCACGGAAUUGGAAGACGUGACACGAACGGGAAACCGA